AUGAUGGUCCAUUGUGCCGGCUGUGAGCGGCCCAUUUUGGACCGCUUCCUCCUUAAUGUGCUGGACCGAGCGUGGCAUGCCAAGUGCGUGCAGUGUUGCGAGUGCAACUGCAACCUCACAGAGAAAUGUUUCUCCAGGGACGGCAAGCUUUACUGUAAAAUGGACUUUUUCAGGCGCUUCGGGACAAAAUGCGCAGGCUGUCUUCAGGGUAUCUCGCCAAACGACCUUGUGCGUAAAGCGCGAAGCAAAGUGUUUCACCUGAACUGCUUUACGUGUAUGGUUUGCAACAAGCAGCUGUCUACGGGAGAAGAGCUGUAUGUCAUCGAUGAAAACAAGUUUGUGUGCAAAGAAGAUUAUCUGACAUCUGGAGCUAUCAAGGAGGUCAGCCUUAAUUCAGUGUCCUCGUGCACGGAUAGAAGUUUAUCGCCGGAUCUAGUGGAUCCAAUUCAGGAUGACAUUAAAGAAACGGACAACUCUACGUCUUCGGACAAAGAGACCAACAACAUCGAAAACGAAGAGCAGAGUUCUGGGGCAAAGAGGCGCGGUCCGCGGACAACCAUCAAGGCCAAGCAGCUCGAAACUCUCAAGGCCGCCUUCGUUGCCACUCCGAAACCCACGCGACACAUACGCGAGCAGCUGGCACAGGAGACGGGCCUGAACAUGCGCGUAAUUCAGGUUUGGUUUCAGAACCGAAGAUCGAAAGAGCGGAGAAUGAAACAGCUGAGUGCCUUGGGGGCCCGAAGGCAUGCCUUUUUCCGGGGCCCCAGGCGGAUGAGGCCCCUGGGCGGGAGGAUAGAGGAUGCAGACAUCUUGGGACCUGGGGCUUACAGCUAUUAUGGAGAGUACCAAGGAGACUACUAUGGUGCAGGGAAUAACUAUGAUUUCUUCCCACAUGGCCCCCCUUCAUCUCAGGCCCAGUCCCCUGCAGAAUCCCCAUACAUGUUAGCCUCUGGACCAGGAGCUAUGGAGAGCUCAGGCCACCACCCUUCAGAUGACCAAAGGUUCACAGACAUGAUCUCCCAUGCAGACACACCCAGUCCAGAGCCCGGUUUACAGACGGUCCCAGGAGAGGCAUAUGGAGGAGGACCCAGCCCCCCUUUCUCUUUAGCCAGUAACUCCAGCUACAGUGCACCUAUGUCCCACCAAGGUCAGGAGAUGGGAGAGACUGCAGCCUGGUAG